AUGGCUCGUGCAAAUAUCACUGGGGGACAGCCGAGCCUAGAUGAAACCUUUUCGAAGCUGGCAAGGGCGUCGAUAUACGACUGGGCAGAGACUGAUCGUCACCUGGAUUAUUUGAGAACAUAUUGCAUUCUAAUAGAUUACGAUGCAGCUAAAUGCCACGGGAAACAAGCCUGGGCCAAUAUAUCAAUAUCCAAGGCCUUGCUGCAGCUUUAUCGCGCCCAAAGCCUGCCUCCGCUUGAUGAAAUCGGUGUCUUGGAGCGCAUUGAGUUCUAUCUUCAGAUCAAGGAAGCAACACACUCAUUAGGGCAUGGUGCUUUGGAGUCCUGUGUCCUAAGCCAAACUGUUGCAUGGGCAUCUCACAAUAGUGACUAUACUCAAGUUGGGUCUGAGCAACGUCUCCUCGAGCUGCUACGGUUUUUCGUGCGAAUUCACAACUACAACAAUAAAGAUAACUCCGAAACUCACGUUUUGCAGCCUUGGAAAUCAGGUUCGGACUUCAGGACGCUGCACACGGAAAUGGAGGAGUAUACCUUGCAUAGGCAACCCAAGCAUCAACAACUUGGUAAAGUUGUAGGUAGCCUGAAGUUUGCCUUUACGUUAUUAGCUGCCGUCCGACGGUUCUACGCUCCAGCCGCAAGCUGGGCCAAGGAGGCUCAAGCAUCUCCCAAUGCAUCGGUAGGGAGGAGUGUUCUGGAUCUCGGUGAGAGACAGAACGACGAGAGCCAGCAGCCGGCAUGGGUUCAAAACUACGCUGGUCACCUUUCAGAGGAUAUCGAGGCGGAAGAGAUCAGGCUGCUACGCGGAGAAUCGCCUUCAAAUGCAAUCUCCCUGAUUGGUUCAUCGGGCGAGACAGCAGUGGGACAGGAUGGAAGCGUCGACACAGCUCAUGAACAUGCCAAAGCUUUGGAGAAAAUGCACGAGGCGUCAGGGAUUAACUCGUUUGGCGAGUUUCCAGUGAUAGGGCAAGGCUGGGUGGAGGCUGGGGGACCAGUUGAGUCGUGGUCUUCAGGGGUAGCUAUAGGGGCGGACGCAGGGACAUUGGCACCGGCCCAGCCUGCUUUUGCCGAGUUUCUUGCCAUGGGAGGUGUGGACUUUGACCUGGAUGCGGUCCUGGGCUCGGAUCCAAUCUUUGGUGACUUUUGGCCCGAUAUCAUGCCGAGCUCUCCGUCAUUCCUGUUUCCAGUUGGCGAUAAGACUGGCCCACAAUGA